GAUCAUAUUAUGGUGCAUCAUGAACGAAAAUAUGAAUGUGAAAAAUGUGCAAGAACAUUUGUAUCUGAAAAACGCAUGCGAGCUCAUGAAUUAAAAAAGCAUUCAGCAAUGGAUUCUGAUCUGAUCAAUAGAAAUAGUAAUGGUAGAAAAUUAUUUGAAUGCAAUCAAUGUGAUCGAACAUAUGAAACUUUUUACAAUUUCAAAGAACAUUUAGCAAAACAUAAAGGCAAAUUAUUCCGUUGUACAAUUUGCAAUAAGCAUUUAUCGGGACAAAGUGCCUUAAGUAGACAUUCAAAAAUUCAUGAAAAACCACAUGAAUGUAUGAUGUGUACUAGUCGAUUCAGUUCUGCGUAUGAUUUAGACUGUCAUUUUAGUUAUUAUCACUCAACUAUUAAACGUUUUAAAUGUUUUCAUUGUGAUCGAGUAUUGUAUAAUUAUUCAGGCAAAUUACGCCAUGAAAGAUUGUGUUCAUUAAAAAAUGUUUCAAUUAAAAAAGCAUCACCAAAUGAUUCUCAAAUACUUACUUCAACAGUUUUAAGUACUGAAAAUUCAAAUUUAAAAAUACAAAAUCGAAUUGAAACAUUACAAAUGAAUGAUAAUAAGAAUAUAAAAUAUGAAGGCAUGCAAAGUAAACCUAUCAUAGAUCAAAAUUUGUUAUCAAAAUCAGAAUUUUGUGCUAUUAAAAAUGAAUCAGAAAGUUAUUCACAAAAUGAGCAAUUUCUACGUCUUCCGAAACCUCAAAAAAGAAAAACAUUUCAUAUUCGUGAUAUUAUGCAUGAUGUUCCAGGUUUCUCGCAAUGA